UGUAUAGUCUAGGCUGAUAGGUUUCAGACGGAAAUUGGGCAUGCCCAUGGGAGCUGAGGGGUGAUAACCUUCCCGGCUUUGUAUGGGUCCGCCUGGGGGUCUUCAGGGAAGGAAGCAGAGGCGGCCAACCUUGUAGGGGCAUCGAACUCGUCGUCUUUAUUUUAGCGAGCCUGAUGGCCUUCGUAUAGGAAUCGAAAGCGGAUGAGGGCGAAGCAUCGCUUCUUUGUUAUGCCAAGCUGUGUUGUUGCCAUUGUGAGGUGUAGGUCGUUCUUUCCGCGAUGGAUGAAGAGAUGUUUACCCUCCAAAAUCUUUGCCCGUUCAGAGCCGUUUUUUCUUCCACCACCACAAAUCAGUCUCCUCUCUUCAAGUUUCUCCUCGGCUUCCAAAAAUCUUCCAUUACAAUCUCCAAUUCCAAUCAACACCAUGAAAUUCUUCACCGUUUUCUUCACGAUCUUCAACAUCGGGGCCGCCAUCCCAAUCCCCGAUGCCAACAGCAAGAUCCUCCUCGGCGUCAAUAUCGCCAUUCAAAUCCACGAUGACCACGCCAACAAUCUUCAAUGCCCUUCGCCUAGCGGCGCUUCCUUCUUCGGACAGCAAUGUCCCGCCAUCUAAGGUCGAUGACGCAUCUCCAACGCCGUUUCUGAAGCCCUUUCGAGGCGCAGCAGCAGUUCCUCUUGUAAGCGAGCUCUUGUCCCUCGCGACUUAUUCCUCA